AUGGAAGGCAACCUGCCGCAACAGCAGUGUCACCCUGUAACCACGGCCAUCGAGAAAGAUGACCUCGUGAUUCCAGUGAGUAGCCACUCGCUUCUUCACUUCCUUGAGUAUCGCUUGCGCGACGAGAAGAUCAUCGACUUCGGGCCCUUCCUGCACGGGACCCCCGCCGACAAACACGAAGUCGCCAUGUCCGUCGUGCACGCCUUCAAGACCUCCGGGUUCCUUUAUCUCAGCAAUCAUGGCGUGCCACCGUCCGUGGUUAGCCACGUCUUUGGCACCUCCGCCCGGUUCUUCGCACGGCCCCAGGCUCAGAAAGACAGCCUGUGCUGGACGACUCCACAAGCGAACCGUGGUUACGUGAAGACGGGCCAAGAGAAGCUCCGCACGGUGGAGGAGGACGAUGAUGAUGACGAUGACGUCGGCACCGCGGCGGCGGCGGAGUCGCGCAGCAUCCCCGACCUCAAGGAGACGAUGGAGAUCGGCCGGGAAGGCGUGGCGGGGCUCCCGAACCGCUGGCCGGAGCACCUCGACGCCGCGGGGCAGGAGUUCAAGGCGGUGAUGCUGUCGUUCUUCGAGCGGUGCAAGGCGCUGCACACCGCGGUCAUGCGGGCUAUCGCGCUGGGCAUGCACCUGCCCGAGCACUACUUCGACUCGUUCGUCGACGCUGGCGACAACAACCUCCGCCUGCUGCACUACCCGGCCGUCGACAAGCACAUCUUCCGCGACAACCCCCUGCAGGUCCGCGCCGGCGAGCACAGCGACUACGGCUCCAUCACCCUGCUCUUCCAGGACGGCCGCGGCGGCCUCCAGGUCCGCAGCCCCAGGGGUACCUUCGUCGACGCGACCCCCGUCGCCGAUACCGUGGUCGUCAACGCCGGGGACCUGCUGGCCCGCUGGUCGAAUGACACGAUCAAGAGCACGAGACAUCGCGUCGUCGAGCCUCCCCGGGUCGUUGACGAGGAUGAUAAGGAUGAUGCCGAUGAUACUGGGGUGUAUCCGGAUCGUUACAGCAUCGCGUACUUCUGUAAUCCCAAUAAUGACCAGAUGAUCGAAGCCAUCCCGGGAACCUACGGAGAGGAUAUCCGCCCGCUCAAGUACCCUGGGAUCACCGCUGGAGACUACCUCGUGCAGCGACUGACCGCAACCUACUAG